AUGAACGACUCUGUGCGGACAACGACAACGAUUUCAAGCACAAAAGCACUUGUUCUCCGCUUCCAACUGUCCGCCAUUCUCCACCUUCUCCUCCUCUUCACGCCCAUCGCCAUGCCGGCCCAACCACAGCAGCACAUGAGCCGUGCGGAGUCCCACGCGUUGCGACGCGGACUGCUCCGAAGGCUGGGACUCGAGAACGUGCCCGUCCAGACGGGUCCGAGCCUCGACAUUCCGCAGCACGUGUGGGAUAUCUAUGACGAUGAAAACGAUGUCGACUGGGUCAGACAUUACUAUCCGAAGGUAACUGAAUACCCGCCAACCUGUGAUCACUUUGCUACAUUUCAGGAGAUCAUUGAAAAUAACACUGGCUUUCUUUUGUCCUACAAUCUUUCGGUAGCAGCCAGGAACGCCCACAAUGAAGUUGUCAUCAAAGCUAUCUUAAAAGUGAGUUCUCUUUGCAAAGGAAGACACGUGAAUAGUGAUUGUUUCAGCUUCGGUUACGGCGAAAUAACAAAACGAGAAGCUCCGGCAACUGUUCUAUUUAUGUCUACGACGAUGAAAUGGUUAGAAUUCAUUCAUCUUGCCUACAGUAUUUCAGUUUCACCUUUUCAGAACGAUGAUCGGUUACUUUUGGAGUCCCGAUCCGUCGACAAUCUGACUGAUUGGAUCGAUGUCGACGUGUCCACUGCCUUUUCCAGGCGGAUAGACCGUAUCAGUUUCUUCGUCGAGCUGCCGGAGAAUGUGGAGAUGGAUGAGACGGAAAGCAGUAGUCUGAGCUCAUUACCGUACGCGCGGGCUCAGAGUGCUCCGCUCAUCGUGUUCAGCGAUCUGUCAGAGCCGUCCAGUGUGCGGCGGAAAAGGAGUGCACAACCAGGCAACAGCGAACGAAAAAGUCGAAAAAAGGUGAGCGAGAAAGAAUUGAAUUCGGAUUCGCAAGAGCACAGAUUCGUUUCCAGGGUAGAAAACAUCAUAAUUACGAGGUGGAGAGCAAUCUCUGUCGGAAAACAGAUCUCUACGUGGACUUUGAUGAGCUGGGAUGGCAAGAUUGGAUUAUGGCACCAAGUGGGUUCAUUUCGAAGACGGUGCGAUGCAUUAUUCCGAAUUUUCAGAAGGCUACGAUGCAUUUCAGUGCCAGGGCUCUUGCCCGAAUCCGAUGCCAGCUCAGUUGAACGCAUCAAACCACGCAAUUAUUCAAUCACUUUUACACUCUUUAAAACCAGAUAAGUGGGUUUCGAUUUUGAGUUGAGUUUCAAUUCAAGUGCCGUUCAGGUCCCACCACCUUGUUGCGUGCCGACCGAAACGAGCCCUCUUUCGAUACUCUACAUGGAUGUAGAUAAAGUGUAAGUUAGCCAAAGUUAUGUGUCGGAUCAUAUCACUUUUCAAUUUCAGAAUAGUGAUAAAAGAGUAUGCCGAUAUGCGGGUAGAAUCUUGCGGGUGUCGGUGA